UCUCCUCGGUGGACACAACAUGGUCUUCCUGGCCCUGAUCCUCCUUGCAGCUGCCUGCGUGUUCUCGCUGGGGGUUGUGCUGUGGGCAGUCUGCAGCCAUUUUUACACGGCAGACAUCCCUGCAGGUACCGGCCACCCUGUGAAACUGAGGCUCCUCAGUUGUCUUUUCCAGCUGUUGGUGACAUGGGGUGCAGUUUUUGAGAAAUUGAGGAUCUGUUCUUUACCCCAAUUUGUCAGUUUUGUGCACGAUCUGCAGCCACUGAAGAAGGAUCCGGAGGUCACGGUCAAAGACCUCCGCUUUGGAACAAUCCCUGUGAAAGUGUACCAGCCCAAGGCGCCCUCCUGCACCCCAAGGCCUGGUGUUGUCUUCUAUCAUGGCGGUGGAGUUGUCCUGGGGAGCUUGAAGACCCACCAUCGGGUGUGCCUGCGUUUGUCCAAGGACAGUGGCUCGGUGGUUGUGGCAGUUGGGUACCGCAAGUCACCCAAGUAUAAGUUUCCGGUGAUGGUCAGAGACUGCAUUGUGGCCACCGUCCACUUCCUGCAGUCCCUGGAUGCCUAUGGGGUAGACCCCGCUCGGGUUGUGGUCUGCGGUGACAGUGUGGGAGGGGGCGUGGCCACCAUCAUUUGUCAAACCUUUGCCAGCUGUAGGAGUCUCCCCCGUAUCCGCGCUCAAAUUAUGAUCUACGCGGCUCUCCAAGGCCUGGAUUUCCAGUCUCCUUCCUAUCAGCAGAACAAGAAUGUCCCUCUGCUCCCCUGGACAUUUGCCUUCUACUGUUUGUGCUGUUACCUGGAUAUCAACCCUUCCUGGCAAAGCACCAUGAAGAAAGGUGCCCAUUUGCCUCCAGAAGUCUGGGAGAAGUAUAAAAAGUGGUUGGACUCAGAAAACAUCCCAGAGAGGUUUAAGAAGAGAGGCUACCACCCCGUGGCCCCUGCGCCCUUGGACGAAGCUGCUUUCUUGGAGACAAACGUCCUUCUGCAUCCGGCGUGCUCACCCCUGAUCGCAGGAGAUGACGUGGUGUCUCAGCUCCCAGAGGCUUGCAUCGUGAGCUGCGAGUAUGAUCUUCUCCGGGACCACUCGCUCCUGUACAAGAAGAGGCUGGAAGACCUGGGGGUGCGGGUGACGUGGCACCACAUGGAGGAUGGUUUUCAUGGCGUGCUCAACACCCUUGACCUUGGCUGUUUGCACUUCCCAUGCUCUGCAAGAAUUCUCAACGUGAUAACCCACUUCAUCAAGGGACUGUGACCCUGCUUCCUUCCUGCUGGAGUGUCCCCCCACAGGGCUCUGUGGCUACCUUAGGUGAUAUUGGGUAGGGAUAAGUGAUUGUCUCCUUCCUGCUCUGGAUCAAAUAGUGCAAGGCAGAGGUAGGUUUGGGGCUCUGUGUUCACGUUCACUACUGGGAAAGUUGGAGAUGACCAUCUUUAGUGGCCAUUUGCAAGAGUGAAUCUGCAAACCAAGGAUUCUCAUGUCCUCCUUAGCUAGAGUUCAGACUGUCUAGGCCAAUCUGGACUAUGUGACAGUGGGGCCUGGUUGGCCAUACCCAGGGAAGGCCCAAGGGCACCAUCUGAAGUCUCACUGGGCUUUUCCAGUGGAGCUCUGAGUUCUGGGGGCACAAGGUUCCUUUUCUUGCUAUUGCCCAGAUUCCGGGCUCAGAGCAGCCUUUACGUUCUUGACUGCGGCUCUCUCUCUAAGUCUGAGUUGCUUUAGAAUCAGUUGCUCUAGGCCCCUCUUUGAAUGUACGGCUGAGGUGCACAGCUGACUCUGCUCAGGAGAGAGGGUACCCACCGACCUCUAAGCCCAGAGUCAAGGAUGGAAGACCCCAGGACUUCCCUAGAAAGAUCUGCCAGUUAGCUCAGGGCUAGUGCAAUAUGAUAAAGGACGGUGGCUUUGCAUCUCAAAUUGCUUUCUUGGAUCAACAGACAAUUGAGGACAAUUGUCUAGGUUAAAGUUGAAAUAUUAGCAAAAUCUGUCUAACUAUUCUCCGCUCCCGCUUCCUGUCAGUGUCUACCUCAGAAACACUUCACCCCCAUGAAGAACCUCCCUGCCCUUCUAAGCCUAAUCCACAUUUCCCUUCAUUUUUUCCCAGAGGGACCACUUGCUCCCUUGUCUUAUCCCUGAGCUAGCACAGGCUAGUAGAGGUCAAGCUGCGCUGCAAUGACAAAUGGCCCCACCGUCCCAGUGGUUGACGACAGCAAAGGUCUAUUUCCUGGGACCAGGCCAAUGGAGCAGGCUGUAUCUGAAAUAUCUCCAGGCUUGUGGCAGAGGGAAAUAUAACAUGGCAAACCACACACUGUCUCUCUCAAUGUCUCAGAAGAAGCUCGUCACUUCUGUUCACCUUUCAUGGCUGGAGAGUUCUGUUUGCCUUUCACUAAUUGGAGCAGUCACACUGUUAAGCCUCACACUGAUGGGACCGAGAAGCAUAGUCUUCUUCUGAGAGGGGCGGUGACUAUUUUUGGAUAAUUUUAUAGUUCACUACACUCUCAAUCAUAUUUCCACUUCCAUUCUGUCUUUUUAAAAAUUAAAUUGCAUCAAUGGUACCCAAAUAGAAAACCAGAAAACAUUAGCAGUAAGGCUAAAGUCACUUUGGACUACGCUCCUCUCAAAUCCAUUCCCUUUUAUCAAGAUGUAUCCACUAUUACCUUUUUUUUUAGUUUGUUUUUUGAGUGUGAUGUUCUACUCCUUUCAAGCCUGUUUCUUUGCAUUUACAUACACAGAUAUAUACCCACAGAAAACAAAGAGUAUUAUUUGGGGGAUGACUUUGCCAAGUAUUGUAUUAUUCUUCACAUGUCUGUGGACAGCAGGCUGUGCCCUGCUCUGAGCUGCUCCAUGAUGUAGGGGCUUUCAGGCUGUGCCUAAGCAGUAGCCUGCCAUG